AUGAGUACGUGUAGCAGCCGUGCGUUGACCAUCCUGUCCACAGUGUUCGGCGCCUGCGGACUGUUGCUGGUCGGGGUGGCCGUGUCCACGGACUAUUGGCUCAUAAUGGUGGAGGGAAUCAUCCUACAGCAGAACCAGAGCCAGGAGGUGAAGAUGGCGCUCCAUUCAGGCCUCUGGAGAGUUUGCUUUGUGGCUGGAUCAGAAAAUGGGAGAUGUGUUGCGUCAGAGUAUUUCACCGAGCCCGAUAUAGAGAUCACCACUGAAAACACUGCGAACAUCCUGAAGAUGGUGCGUACGGCCACGCCCUUCCCGAUGGUGUCGCUGCUCUUUGUCUUCACUGCCUUCGUCAUCAGUAACAUCGGACACAUCCGACCUCAGCGCACCAUCCUGGCCUUUGUGUCCGGCAUCUUCUUCAUCCUCUCAGGCCUCAGUCUGGUGGUGGGGCUGGUGCUCUACAUCUCCAGUAUUAAUGACGAGGUGAUGAACCGUCCCAGAGAGCCUGAGCAGUUCUUCAAUUACCACUACGGCUGGUCCUUUGCCUUCGCUGCCUCUUCCUUCUUACUCAAAGAGGGGGCCGGUGUGAUGUCAGUCUAUCUGUUCAUGAAACGUUAUGCAGAAGAAGAGAUGUACCGCCCCCACCCUGCGCUCUACCGCCCCCGCUUGUCCGAGAGCAGCGACUAUAGCGGCCAGUUCCUCCAACCAGACUCCUCCUGGCCUCCACCAAAACGUGGACGCAGCACCUCUGAGGCCUCCAGCGACAUCUCCAUCCAGCUUAACCAGACUCCGCCAGCCCCAUCAAAAAGCAACCUCCAAGCGGGGGGACCAGGCAGCCCACCCUCCGGCUCUUCUUCUGCAGGAAGCUACCAGAUGCCCCCACAGCCUACCGGUUAUCCCUCCACACACACCCUGCCCAGGUCUCACUCCUCACAUCCCCAGGGCCAGGCUCUUCCAAUGGCCAUGCCUCCAUCACCCGUACCUCCCCCUCAUUAUCACACACACGUGCACAUGAGCGCUUCCCCCUGUUAGGAAUAAGGUGCUUCAGGAAGGAAAGUAGACUCUUCAUAAUCAUGUACAUUUAUUUGUAAUGACAGUAAAUGUUGAGCUUGAAUUGCAGAUCAUGUCAGAGGAAGUGGAAGGAGACCAAAUAUGUUUUCAAAUGUUAGUUUUGGAGCAAAUAUGAACAAAGGCAGUUUUGGAGAUCGAAAGUUAAGCUUUAACAAAAACUGUGGACUGAGAGAAACAAAUAGGACAAAACAUGGAAGAAGGGCGAAAUAAAUGGGAGGAAAAAGUGAUUCCUAGAAAGACAUAGAAGGUUAAGCUGAGUUACAGAGGAGAUACCAGC